GUGUUUUGGUUCUCCUCCUCCUAGCUAAGUACAGCUGGCUGUUCCUCAUCUGUUUGGUUUUUUCUAGAGUUUUUCCACCGACACCGAAAUAAAAUGAAGAAGUUUUUUGAAGAUAUUAAAAAGGACAUCAAGUUUAAAGGAGCGGGGCCCGGGAAGAAGCUAACGGAAGAGAGCAGCCACCACGAGGUGGUGCAGAGCAGCUCCAGCAAACAGAACCGCCGCCCUCCCAGCCAGGGGGCCCAGAUGGCCGGGGCUGCAGCCCUGGCCCGGAUCGAGCAGCAGCCCCGGCCCAAGGUGCACACCUCCCAGGACGCCAUCAGGAACCAGGUUAAAAAAGAACUGGAGGCUGAAGCAGCUGCACUGGCUGGAAAGGAUAAUGCAGCAACAGCUGAGGGAUCCAAAGUGCCAGUGAAAGAUCGUGCCUGCCUCUCUGUGUCAGGUGUGUAUUUCACUUGUCCACUUACUGGAGCCACGCUGACCAAGAGUGAGAGGGAAGCACACAUUAAAGAGGCCAUUUUAAUGCGGUUUGAGGAGGAUGCAGUUGAGGCUUCUGUUAUGAUGAUGCACACAUUUAACAAAGACAGAGAGAAAGUGAAGGUUGCUGUGGACAUAAUUAGCAAGUAUGUAGAUAAUAUAUGUAAAAACCCCACGGAGGAGAAAUACAGGAAGAUUAAACUCAGCAACAAGGUGUUCCAGGAGAAAGUACGUCCGGUGGACGGCAGUCGAGAGUUCCUGCAGGCUUUGGGUUUCAUAAGUGUUAUGUUUCCUGUAGAGGGUCAGGAGGAGGAAGAAGAGUUCCUGGUGUUACCAGAACCAAGUUCUGAUGACCUGGAGCUCAUGAAGGAGCAGAGAGAUCGUCUUCUGAGAGGAGAGCCGGUCAGAGCUCAGCUGGACAGGCAGCCUCAAGCUUUCAGACCCUCUCCUAAUGCACAGCGCUUCGAGCUGCCACCAGAAUUUUACAACCUGUCAGCAGAGGAGCUGAAGAAGGAGCAACUGCAGAGAAGUGAUUUGGUGGAGAAGAACGCCAUGCUGCGCACUAAAGCCAUGAGGGAGAAAGAGGAACAGAGGGAGAGAAGAAAAUACAACUACACUCUGCUCAGGGUCCGACUCCCUGAUGGUAACUUGCUGCAAGGUAUGUUUUAUGCCUGGGACCGACUGCCGUUGUUCUUCUCGUUCGUGCGGGAGUCCCUGGUGGACGGCUGGCAGCCCUUUGAACUCAUCGCUCCAGGAGGUCAAAAGCUUCAGGAGUCGGAAGAAGCCACUCUUGUAGAGUGUAACCUGGUCCCUGCUGCCCUGAUCACGUUCAGCUGGGAUGCGGCUGUGCAGGCUGAUAUCGCCGCUGCAGGUGGAAAGAGCCCCGCCCUCCUCAAGCCAGAGAUGCUGGAAAACAUCCGGUCGCUGAGCUGAGCGGAGCUCAGAGGACGCGCUCGUGUCCCUGAACUCUCCCUCCCUUGCACUGGCAGGGUGAAAUCUGUCCCUUGUAUAAUGACACAUUUAUUUUUACAAAUUCUAACUUAGGUUAGAAAUAGCAAAUGGUAAUAGGCAAUGCACUUGUUUUGCUGAGCACAUGCAUUCUUGUCCAUGUGGGGUUAGGGUCACUGCAGCUGCCGCAGCAGCUCAUUGUGUUGAAGGAAGCCGUACUAACAGAUGAAAGGACGAGCUAAGGGACGCGUAUGUGUUUUUGUGAGGUCAUGGAUAUAAAAACUGUGUAGUAAACAGACUGUGGCAGCAGGUGUUGUGUUUGAGCUAACAGUCCGGAGCUUAGUUAAUGUGGCUUGUGGACACCCUGUUACCCUGUAACUUCCUGCCCUUUGUUUCUAGUUGCUUUUUAAAAGUUGCUACGUGGCUUUAUGAAAGGCUUGAAGUAAACUCAAUGUUCAAGGUGAGCUCAGUGUUUUAGCCCGUUAAGUUCUGGCGGUGUGAUUUACUGUAAACAUAGCCACGCCCCCUCCGCUGGUUCGUCCUCUGCGCUGCAGUAGUUUUGCCCUUGUUAGUGUCAUACGGCAGAUUUUUAUCUGUUUUGUGGCUGCUUCAAAACACAAAUCCCUUUUUCUGUAUAACAUGAAACAGAGGUGAAUAUCUUUCAUAAUGGAUACAAUUCCAGUUCUUGAAGGUUUGAUGAGAAUGUCAGUCAUGUACGAAUGUAAUGGCAGCACAAAACCAAGUAUUAUACUGUAUUUCAACAGCUGGAAGCACUUUGAAGGACGAUUCGAAACCUUAUGAACAGCUUCAGGUGUAAAGCGUGCCCUACAUGUAAACCUCCAGCAUUGCUUUGUCUACCUAAGUGAUUUAUUCUUUAGUUAUUGAAGAAUGUCAGUAAGCCUCAAACAACCAAUUUGCUCUGGCAUGUGUGUAAUGAAGUAAAUUUCCGUUGUUGAAACUGGCAGCAUGAACGUCUCGUGUUGGACAUUGUGGCUUUAAUUAUUGAGUCUUGUUUUUGUUUGUGUCAUCAUACUUUUCCGCAAGAUUAAAAAAAAAAGUAAAUUUCAAAGAUUUGGGAGGAUUUUCACAUGAACUUAAUUUUCCAAAUAUUUUUUUAACACAUUGUGUGGUUAAAAGAAAACAACACAUUUGCUAAACGUUUUAAAGAGCCUGUUUUGGAGGUACAGUAUACAUGACAAGGUAACAUUUUAACAAAAUGCUACAGCAGCAAUGUCUUCUGUGGGAGAAAACAACACUUUGGUGGGAACCCUUUAAUACUGCACUUUUAUGUGCGGACAAAAAAACGUAAUUGCACUUUAAACCAAAAAUGUAAACGUUGACAUGGUGAACAGCGAGCAAUGACCUCAUCGGUAACGGUAUUUAGGGGUUUGGUUUAGUUAUUGUUUUUGUUGAAGUUAAAUUAAGUGAAAUGGGGAAAAACUGUCAUUCCAUGAUCUCGGUUCGAGACAUCACUCACUGAACAAAAAAAUUGUUAAAAAUUAGUAUCAUUGUGUUUUAACACGAGGAAUAAGAGUGAUACUGUGUAUAAAAAUUGGCUGAAUUAUAUAUGGGGAUGAGUUAAAGAUUACCCCAGUAACCAUACACUCCUUCAAACUCUAUCAAUAAAGGUUAAUACAUUAAUUUUGUUGUACAUAUGGUAAAUAUGUUAGUGCAAAUUAUUUGUUUUUGUUAUUGGUUCAGGCAACAACUACCUCUCAUGAUUAGACUAGGUAGAAAUUAAUAUAUAGAGGGGACUAUUAAUGUUCUGAGCACCAUUUAUACAUGUUUUAAGUAUAAUGAUGAACACAGCAGGAUUGUUUCCAUGUCAGUCAAAAAUUCAGUUUUAAUGGGUGACUAAGGUCGGUGACUUUGACACUUCACUCCAUUGUUGGUAGUUUUUUUCUCUUAUUUUUCCCCACUUCAGUGCAUUGAUCUUGAUUACUGACACAACAAACUUCAAAGGUUCAGAGUGCAUUACUGGUUAAAGGUGGUCAUCUCCUUAAGAGAUGCACUCCGCCCUCGCCACCACCUCGCUCUGACGACAAGAAAAGGAGCAGACCGUUGUAUGCAAACUUGGAAGGGAAUUAGAUCUUUAAAAAGAAAUCAAAUGUUAUUGCUGCAAAUUAUUUCAAUCUCCUAAUUUUAAUAAGUAUUGCAUCAAACACACAUUGUAACAUCGGUCAGUGAAGACAGGAGUUGAAGCCACGUUUUUGUGCAAGUUCAAGACCAAAUCCGUGGUAAGAAAUAUUUCUGCAGUCUUUGUCGUCCCCCUCCCCAGACAGGUCAUGAGAUGCCAUUAAUCUUUCGAGCAGAAUUCUAACCUAAUACAAUUAUUAAGCAGUCGUGAUCUUAAUAUAAUGUUCAGUCGUGUUCUCUUUUCAACCUGCUUGUAAUAAAGAUUGCUGGCACUUUAUUUUUUUUCUUUAAUAAACAAAAAUAUAACAAAAGUGUCUUAAUGUUAUUUCUUUUGGGGGGGGGUUAAGAGUAAUUUUUAAUCAACCAAAUUUUUUGACAGAUCAGAUUAAAAGAACCUUUUAAAUCACUUAAAAUUUCAUCUUAAAACAGUAAAUCAGGUAUUUUAUUCUGGUUGCUAGUCAGGGGGUAAUAUUGUAAGGGUUAAUGUAUAAAUAAAAAUUAUGUGGAUUAGUUCGAUUGUAAAUUUUAAACUUGAAUAUUUUACUUGAAUCACACUGUAGCAUCCAUUCAUGAAUCAUUUUGGGGGCAGCUUCAAAGUGUUUGCUAGUCAAGGAAAUGUUUUCUUCCCACAAAAAUUGUGUUGAAAUAGCUGCCACUAUAUAACCCGAUUAAGAUCUCCCUGAAUAAUCAAUAAAAAUCCAACAUACAAAGUCAAAUUAAUGAGUUUUUAUUGAUUUGAUAUGGUUUUAAGAAAUGUUAAUUCAGCUUCAUGAUCAUUUUGGAGGCUUUAUUUUCUGGUGCUGCAGUGGUUCACUGAAUCUCCUGUCUUGUUUCAGUGCAAUGAAUGAAUAAAUGGA